AAGAAGAAGACUUUCUCUACACUGGUUAAUUUAAAUUUUUAAAUAAAUUAUGUUACUUUCGAUGUCUAAUGUCCUUUAUUGUUGAAUUUUGUAAUAUAUAAUCAAUAUCAAAAUCAUAUAAAUGGCGAACGAUAGGGAAGUAUUACGUGAAAUAUGGGACGGAAAACUUCCUAUUUGUUUUCAGCUUGCUCAGGAAGAAAUUAUGGAAAUUCAACAACCAGAUCCUUUUUACGUGAUGGUACCAAGGCUUAGUUACUUUCCACUAGUAACGGAUAAGAUGAAAAGGCAUUUUCUACGUUAUAUAUCUCAAGAAAAUUCUGACAGUGAAAUGUGGUUGGACUAUAAUGGACAGCCACUUAAGUGGCAUUAUCCUAUAGGAUUCUUGUAUGAUCUCUUCUGUGGCAAUGACCCACAAUUACCUUGGACACUAACUGUACAUUUUACCAAAUUCCCUGAGGAUGUACUUCUGCAUUGUCCAAAUAAAGAUAUUGUGGAGGCACAUUACAUGUCCACAGUAAAAGAAGCUGAUGUUCUAAAACAUCGUGGGCAGGUUAUGUCAACUAUGCAGAAAAAAGAUCACAAUCAACUAUGGCUUGGAUUACAAAAUGAUAAAUUUGACCAAUUUUGGGCAGUAAACAGGAGACUCAUGGAGUCCCACAGUGAUAAUGAAGGAUUCAAACACAUACCAAUAAGAAUAUAUUCUGAUGAUGGAAUAUGUAAUCAACGAUUAGUCAGUCCGAAGAAUGUUGAUGGUAGUAGAAAGAAUUUGCAUCAAAUGAUAUCAGAAUUAUAUCCUGACAAAAGUGAUGUCAAAUUGAGAACACAUGGGGUAACACUUCCUUUAGACACACCAUUGCAGUGGCUUUCAGAACAUAUGAGUUAUCCAGAUAAUUUCCUUCACUUAUGUUUAUGUUAAGAGAAAGAAUAAAUGUUAUCUGAAUUUAUUUACAUGUCAACAUUUUUUUGUAAAUAACAUUUUAACUUGCGAAAAUGGAUAUAUUUCUAAAAAGUAAGUUGCUUACCAAAUAUUUAUUAUUAUAGUAGUAGAUAUUUUGUUAAACUUUCUAUUCCAAUAAAUGUAUCUUCUUUUAUUUUUAUAUGUAUAAAAUAUAUAA